CGCCAGCAGUAACAAGCGCGGACCGGAAGUUCCGCGUCCUCGUUGUCCGGGGGAGCCGUUAGGCACGCACGCCGGAAGUGGCCAAUUGGCCAGUGUGAGGCGGUGCCCACUGUGUUCGCGUCCCUCGGGCAGUGGAGCCAUGGAGCCCGGGGCUGCUGAGCUGUAUGACCAGGCCCUGCUGGGCAUCCUGCAGCACGUGGGCAAUGUCCAGGACUUUCUGCGCGUGCUCUUCGGCUUUCUGUAUCGCAAGACCGACUUCUACCGUCUGCUGCGCCACCCUUCGGACCGCAUGGGCUUUCCGCCCGGGGCCGCGCAGGCCCUAGUGUUGCAGGUGUUUAAAACAUUUGAUCACAUGGCUCGCCAGGAUGAUGAGAAAAGGAAGAAGGAACUUGAAGAGAAAAUCAGAAAAAAGGAAGAAGAGGCCAAGGCUGUGGCAGCUGCUGCAGCCGAGAAGGAAGCCGUGCCAGUCCCAGUGCAGGAGGUAGAGAUUGAUGCUACUGCAGAAUUGAGCGGGCCUCGGGAAGUAGAAAAGUUGGAGUCCCCAGGCCCACAGGGUCCUGAGCACAAGGUGGCCCAUGGCUUGGAGGAGGCAGAAGCUCCAGGAACUGUUAGCAGUGCUGCUGAAGGCCCUAAGGAACCCCCUGUGCUCCCCAGGAUUCAAGAGCAGUUCCAGAAAAAUCCGGACAGUUACAAUGGUGCCAUCCGUGAGAACUACACCUGGUCACAAGACUAUACUGACCUGGAGGUCAGGGUACCAGUGCCCAAGCAUGUGGUGAAGGGGAAGCAGGUCUCUGUGGCCCUUAGCAGUGGCUCCAUUCGAGUAGCCAUGCUAGAAGAAAACGGAGAACGUGUCCUCAUGGAAGGGAAACUCACCCACAAGAUUAACACGGAGAGCUCCCUCUGGAGCCUUGAGCCGGGCAGGUGUGUUUUGGUGAACCUGAGCAAGGUUGGCGAGUACUGGUGGAGUGCGAUCCUGGAGGGAGAAGAGCCUAUCGACAUCGACAAGAUCAACAAGGAGCGUUCCAUGGCCACUGUGGAUGAGGAGGAACAGGCAGUCCUGGACAGACUCACCUUUGACUACCACCAGAAGCUGCAGGGCAAGCCCCAGAGCCACGAGCUGAAAGUCCAUGAGAUGCUGAAGAAGGGGUGGGAUGCUGAAGGCUCUCCCUUCCGAGGUCAACGAUUCGACCCGGCCAUGUUCAACAUCUCCCCUGGGGCUGUGCAGUUUUAAUGACCAGAAGGAAAGGAAACCCUCAUCAUCGGGGAGGUGGAGAUCUCGUCCCCCCCACUCCCUGCAUGCCGGGGACUCACUCCUCUUGAUCAGUCCUCACCAUUCUUUCUUUCAUGAUGCGCCAGGGCCUUCCAUGCUGACUUUGCACCUUCAGACUAUUCUAGAGAAGGUACAGGGCCUGGUAAUCACUAUGGCCAACACUAAAUGAAGGUGUUUGAAAUUAGGGAGGGACAUGUCCCAGCAAACUGGGAGUACAUGCUCCGUCUCCACAGCAACCAGCCACUACAGGCAACAUUUCCUUCCUCCCCUGUUCUCUCUGCUUGCUGUUGUUUUGACUCUAUUCUGCUUGCUUGUCUUCUGACUGGGGAUAAGGAAUGGCUGGGCUCUCAGACAAAGCUAAGUUGAAGAGUGUGGGGCCUGGCACUUGCAUGAGGGCAGAUGGAGCCUGGCUCUGGAGCUGCUCCUAGGGCUGCUGUGGGACCCUCGCUUGUUGACCUCUUUGUGUGUGUGUGUGUGUUCAGUCUUGCUCAUCUCUUUGUGAAUACACUUAGCCAGCCUCAACUUCAUGGGCAGAGCAGCAGAAAUUGGGGUCUGUUUGCCUAUUGGAGAUGUUGGGAGAAAGUCUGAGGUUCUGGCCUCUGGCCCAGAUGUGUCAAGGAUGUUGUCUGCCUUCUGACUGCGGCUACCUUACUUUGGUUCUUGUUGAAGUGAACCGAGCCUGGCCACCACCACUUGCUCCCCACAAAGACCUCCUCUUGGAUGGGCUGCAAUGAAGCCUGGGUACCGUCAGGAAGAUACCACAGCAUGUUAGUAGUUCAUUGGUACACUGUGUCAUCCUCACUCCCUGUGCAGCCUUGACCUUGAUGGAUGCCUCAGGAAGGAAAACAUAUCCACUGGCUUGAAGGCAACUACAAAUGAGUCCAAGAAUAUGAAGAUUCUCCUGUGCCAAUCACCAGACUGCUUCCUGGAGCUCAGAGCCUCUGUGACUGCAGACCACAUUCAGCCAGGAUGUGAAGACCUGACCAAAGGCCAAGGACACAGGUGUCCCAAUCCUUUACAGGGCCCUGUCUGUGCCUGUUGCUGCCUGGCAUCUCUGUUUGCCUCUCAGUUUUGGUGUAUGUGUGUGUGUACAAGUUUCUGUACUCUACUAACCAUAUACCAGCGGGAAUUAAGACCCACCAAAGCCAAGGCAGUCUGCACUCUCGAAAUAGCCCUGUGCUGAGUGUGGUUUGCACUUGCUUGGAAGGAACCACUGGAAGAUCAGGUUGAGGACUUAUUUCGAGAGUCUUCCUGUCAGCUGUGUAGACUGGAACUGGUCCAUUGCGGUCAUUUGAGGGAUUUCUGGUUUACAGUUGGUAGCUGAUGGCUCUUGUAAGAAGUCCAUACUGAGAGUUAAUGUGUGGGUCCCGGUAGGGCCAGGGGGAUGGUGAAAGGAGAGCAGUGGGCCCCAAAUACCCACCCUGAAGUCUGAACUUGUGAUUGGACAUUGGUCACCACGUUGAUGAAAUCUCUCUGAAGUGAUCACCUUAGGGGAAAAGAAUUUGUCACAUUCACGAGAUUCCCCAGGACACUUUUGCUA